AUGAUUAUCAAAAAUAAUCCUGAACACGUUAGCACCGAUCAGAUAGUGCUGUUCCCCUUUGACGAUUACAGUAUCCCGUUUCAACACGGUGUUCAUUUACAACUUGUGCCUUACAGAGCCGGGGUCGAUCGAACCCAAAUUGUGGUGCAUCCCGGUCCGCCAGGCGCGCCAGACAGUGCCCGCGUCAUCUACUACGGGUCUAUCCAUCGCGUCGGCGACGAACUCUGGAUGUGGUAUCUUGGACAUGGAGACGACGAGAGUUGGCAUCAACGAGUGUGUUUCGCAAAAAGCCGCGAUGGAUACAACUGGGAGAAACCGGAACUCGGACUGGUAGCAUACAACGGCUCCACCCGAAACAACCUCGUCGAUAUACAAGGUGGACAAUAUCAUAUUCAGGCGUGUGUAGUGUAUUAUGAGCCAGACGAUCCGGAACCCACACGCCGGUUCAAAGCCAUCAUUGAAACAUCCAAAUAUUCUCCAAAAUUCGCAGUUAUGUUCAGUGAAGACGGACUUCAAUGGCACGAAGCUGAACGACAUCCGAAUCCACCCUCCUGCGAAAUGUCCGGUAUUACGAAAUUCAACGGAUGCUACUAUCUGAGCGCGCACGGUGGAAGCCACAUGGGUCCUACACGGCAGAUGGUGAUGUAUGCGUCCUACGAUUUCGAACAUUGGAUCGAAGCCUCGUGCUUGGGAUUCAGGCGGGGUAACAUCCCACCAAGCCCCGUGGCGUAUGGGGCACACCAAGGGGAACAGGUCCAUCUCGGUGCGGCAUUAUGGAAUCGCGGGAAUGUGAUUCUCGGCUUCUAUGGGCAGUGGCACGGACCGGAAAAUAACGACCGUCGGCAUGUGACGAUGGAUAUCGGCUUAGUCGUCAGCAACGACGCGCUGCACUAUCGUGAACCGAUUCCAGAUUUUCAGAUGGUAGAAGCAGCAGAAGACGACUUUGAACACUUACCAACACCGAUGAAUUUCAAACACGCCGCUCUUAUGCAGGGACAAGGUUUUGAGAAUGUUGGCGAUGAGACACUUUUCUGGUAUGCUCCCUGGCCAGAGCAGUUGAGUAACGGCGUACGGAUUGCAACGUGGAAACGCGAUCGACUCGGCUACCUCAGCACAGCGGACAUGCGUCGGAAAACGGAACAACUCCGCCACGUGAUUUCGGCACCCAUUGAUCUUGAAGGACAGCCUUGCACAGUGGCACUGAAUGUUGACGGUUUGUCGGCGCACAGCCAGGUUACACUUGACAUUUUAGACGAGCGUUUUCAACCAAUCGAAGGAUAUACCAGAGAAGACUGCCUCCCUCUCACAUCGGGUUUUCAUCAGACGGUGGCGUGGAAAAACGGAGAACGGAUUGACGGGAGAAACGGCGCAAUCCGAAUCAGGCUGAAUUACACCGGAAUCCGUCCAGAAGACCCGAAAGUCUACGCCAUUUACGUAGAAAAAUCAGAGGGACCUUGA